CAAGAAGCGCGCGUCCCCGAUGAUGUAAACGCACUGAACAAUAGUGAGCAUCAGAGCGGACACCGCGUGUGCGCCGGGAAAGACAUCGCGCGCUCUGGCACUGGAUACUCUGCAUAUUUUGAGCAAAAGAAAUGGCGUGGGAAAACACACUGGGAUGAUUCGGUAGUCGUCUGUCUUUAGUUCUCUGCACUCAUUAGAUCUGGUCCCAGAGUUUUGUGCUGAAGUGCGCGUGACUUGAGACAAUAACAUCCUGGUUGCGUAGGCAAUAGCGAGCUGACAAAGAUGAAAGUAAUGACAGAGAGAACGGCUCUGGUCCAGUUCUCUGGCGAGGUAACGGUACAAUGGAUUAACGUUUUAGUGUAGUUAAUGUUCACAUUUGGACAUUUAUGACUGUUUAGUUUUGUUGAAUACAAACGGAGCGGCGCGAGGGGAAUGCAGCCGCGCGACUCGAACUGUCUUCAGCUGCAUGGAUUGCCUUUGCUGGCGUAGGCAUUUGUUUCUCUCAGUGGUAUUGGACACAGGCCAAGUUUGAAGGACUAAGAGGCAGCAGGGUGAGUGAUGUGGAACAGGGUGAUGAUAGUCAAGGAUUCUCUAUUGCCGUCCCUACGGCAUAUCAUGAAGAAGUCUGCUAAACCUUUCCUGCUGUUCCUGCUGGUCUGGAUGCUGCUCUUCUUUCUAGUCUUUUCCUACUUCACUGAAUCCCAGGUGAACCAGUCCCAUAGGACGACUUCCCUCCUCAACUCUGAAUCUCAAUCCCAUGUUCAGCGUAGUUCCCGGGCCAUCAUGGCGUCCCGUAAUGCUCGCUGGGAUUUGUUUGCGGAGAGGAGGGGUCCUUUCCAGCGCAGGCAAGUGUUUCAACCUCGUCGCACUAGAAAAGAGUUUCAUUUCAGAGAUUUUGGCAAACGUCAGCCGGAGAUUAAGCCUCCUGAAACGGACUUUUCCUGGUCGGUGGUCCGUGGUCUGUGGAAGGGACAGGUGUCCUACAAAUUGCUAAGCCAACGACUACAGGAAGCCGUCAAGGACCAUGUUUACUCUAAUAAGCACAAAGUUCACUACAAAGGCCAACGUAAAGCAAACAAGGGUAGGGAGGAGAUACUGUGUCAGAUGAAAGAGCAAGCUCAGCUCAGGACUCUGGAUGGCACUGAACAGCCCUUCGCUCGCCUAGGUUUUCAACAGCUGGUUCCUCCUCGACUGCAGCGGGCGUACAGGACAUGUGCCGUGGUGACUUCAGCAGGGGCGAUUCUUAACUCAUCACUGGGGCUUGAAAUUGAUUCCCAUGAUGCUGUGCUGCGUUUCAAUGCUGCACCCUCCAAGGGCUAUAAAAGAGACGUGGGCAGCAAGACAACCAUUCGAAUCAUGAACUCUCAGAUUCUAGCAAACCCCAAACACAGAUUCAGCAGCAGUUUGCUCUAUAAGAACAUUACCUUGGUAGCCUGGGAUCCUGCUCCUUAUAACAUUGACCUGAAAAAGUGGUACCUGCGUCCCGAUUAUGACCUUUUUACUCCAUACAUAAAUCACAGGAAGAAAUUCCCUGAGCAGCCCUUUUAUAUCCUGCAUCCUUCUUUUAUCUGGAAACUUUGGGAUAUUGUGCAAAGCAACACACGGGAGAACAUUCAACCGAACCCUCCUUCCUCAGGAUUUAUAGGUAUAGUCCUGAUGAUGAACCUUUGUGAGGAGGUCCAUGUGUACGAGUACAUUCCUUCUAUCAGACAAACUGAUCUGUGCCACUACCAUGAGACGUAUUACGACGCAGCCUGCACAUUUGGGGCAUACCACCCUCUGCUUUAUGAGAAACUGCUUGUCAAGCGCAUGAGCACAGCUUCUGAGGAGGACCUCAAGAAAAAAGGAAAGGUCACACUGCCAGGAUUCAGUAAGAUCAACUGUCCGCUGUAAUUUAAAGACUCUAACAUAUGAAAUUGUACAGGUCUUCAAGACAGUACGACCCCAUCUGACUUAAACUGACACAGACUUUUGUCAUCUAAUAAGGGUUUUACCUAUAGUUCUUGUAACAAUCUGAGACAAGACAUUGUACUGAGGAGAAUAAUUAACAGCACUUUCACAGAAGUCUUGAAGGGAGGCAUCCUCUCAUAAAGCCCUUAUGCUAAAAGACAUUAAAUCUAACACUGGCAACAGUCAGAACUGAUCUGAACACUGAAAUGAACACACAUCAGAUUGUAAAUAUGAUGAUCCACUUACACCAUUUCCUGAGUGGAAUCAAAUUCUAGUUUGCGUUCUAAUUAUAACAAAGAAAAAAAGUAUGAAAAGAGGAUUGAGGAAGUUUUAAAUUUCCCAAAUGUCAUUUAAAGCUGCUCGCAUUUUGUAAAGAAUGAUUAACUUUUUUUAUUUGACUGUUUAAUGUGGUAAGCUACAGUAUGAAAUGAGUCAAGAUGGAAAGAGAUUUCUCCUUUUUGUCUAUCUGUGCUGUACUCAUAAUGUUUUAAUCGUUUACACUUCUCUUCAGUUAAAUGACACUUAAAGCUGUUAUUUUACUAUUGAGCCACGAUAAUUCGAUUUUAACUGUAGAGAAUUGAUCAAUGUAAUUUUUAAAUGUGUUUUAUAAAUUAUUCUUUUCAUAAUCUAAAUCUUUUUUGAAUGUGCACUACUACUGACAGACCUCUCUGAGAAGUUGAACUGACCUUUGUGCAUAUCAUUUCUAUUAUCUUUUUAAUCUAGUUGUUAGUAAAAAGUGGGUACAUGCAUUUCAAAAACCUGUAAUAUAUUUUCUCAGAAAGUGUUGUUUUAAGCUGCACCAAAACUUAUCUGCUGUUAUUGUCUAAAGAACUUCUUUAAGAACGUCUAAAGAACUUUCAGUGGGGUAUAGUAUUAUUUAUCAUUUCUGACAAUCAAUUCAGUACAGUUCUAUAGGCCGGUAAUUUGUUCUUCAUUGUGGAUGUAGGUUUACACUGAGUAAAGAUAAUAAAAACAAUGUAUUUUGUGGAA